AUGCAAUAUCACGCUGUAUCGGCCGGUCGCGAGUGGUACAUCCACACCAUCUACACCGUGCGCUCCCGGGAGAGCGCCAACCGCGGCAUCGGCAAGCGCAGCCUGGAAUACCACGCCUUUUCCUCUCACGCUGGCCCCUCCCACUUCCAAACUCCGCCCCUCUCCAACCGCACAGCACGAUCCACCCCCCGCCACCACACCCCGGACCUCGCAGCCCAGAUCGGAGAGGCCAACAACCGCGGCACCAACAUCCUCCACAUCGCCCUGGAGCGGAGCAGCCCGGUGCACUCCACCGUGGACCGCGCCCGCUGGGCCGAGGCCGCCGUGCCGCGGGAGGUCAACCGUAAAAGUGGCGAGGGAGGGGGCGGGGAGGACGGGCUGGUGCUGAUGGUGGGAGGCCUGGUGGGACUGCUGCUGACACUGCUCAUCAUCAUACUGGUGCUGUUACUGGUCAGAUCCAAGCAGAGGCGAGCCCAGGAGAAGCCCAAGAAGUCGGGCAGCGCGGAGCCGAUGGUGGCGCCGAGCGGGAGUGACAGCUCCGAGGUUUGA